AUGUCACAUGUUAGGAGGAGGUCCAUCACAGCUACAAAGAGCUGGAGGCAGCAACCAACAGGGGAACAUGACGUCAAUGUUGUAGAAGAUGUGGACGAGAUCCAAGCAGUGGAGGGGCAGGUAAAGGAGAGGUUAGCGGAGAAAUCACAGGUAGAGGAGGAGUCACAGGUAGAGAGGAUUAUAGAUAUGGAGGAUGGGGGCCAAUUAGGUGAGAGUGGGGCCUAUACGUUAUACGGAGGGGGCACCCAGCGAGCAGAAGGGGUAACUCAGGUUAGGAACGCCAAUCAACCCAUUUCAUGGCCCUCCGAUUCCAUUGUGGCCCAAAGUUGGGUGAUUUCACUAAUGGAUGCUUUUGAUUGGGGAUCUAAACAUCUAUCCCCUUUGGAAUUCCCUUCAUUAUUACCCGUCCAAGUGUUUGACAAUUUAGUACUUUCUGCGUCUAAAAUCCUCCAUAAGGAGCCCAAUUGUGUUACCGUUGACGGGUUGGGUGCCCAUUCAAGCAUUGUGGUGGUUGGGGACAUUCACGGGCAGUUGCAUGACUUGCUUUUUCUGCUACAGAAUGCGGGUUUUCCAACAGAUAACAAUGUUUUUGUUUUUAAUAGAGAUUACGUGGAUAGGGGGGCUUGGGGUUUUGGGACAAUCUGCAUAAAACAAAAACUCUAAGCCCCCUAUCCACGUAACCUCCAUUAAAAACAAAAAUCAUGUUAUCCGCCGGAAAACCCACAUUCUGUAUCAGGCAAAUCAAUUCAUACAACUGCCCGUGAACGUCCACAACCACUACAACGCUCGAAUUGGCACCCAAGCUGUCAACGGUAACACAAUUGGCUCUUUAUGGAGGAUUUAAGACGCCGAAAAUACCAUAUUAUCAAACACGUGGACAAGUAACAAUA